GCUCUAGCCUCCAGCCCUCGCUGGUGCCGCCCCCGGAGGCCCCAUGGCGGCGGCGGUGGCGGCGGGCAGAGCCGCGCUGCUGCUGCGCAGAUUGCUGCUGGCCCAGGCCCCGCGGGGCCCCCCCGCCCGCCCCAUGGCCGCGGACGCGGCGGCGCCGGCCUACGAGACGCUGCGGGUGACGCAGGCGCGUGAGGCGGUGCUGCACGUGGAGCUGAACCGGCCGCAAAAGCGCAACGCCAUGAACCCCGCCUUCUGGAGGGAGAUGGUCGAGUGCUUUGCCCACCUGGCGCAGGACUCCGCCUGCCGCGCCAUCGUGCUCUCCGGCGCCGGGAAGCUCUUCACUGCUGGCAUCGACCUGGCAGAGAUGGCCAGCGUGUUCAUGAUGGCGGAGGGGGACGACGCGGCGCGGCGCGCCUGGCACCUGCGCAAGAAGAUCCGCCAGUACCAGGAGAGCUUCACUGCCCUCGAGAAGUGCCCCAAACCUGUGAUCGCGGCCGUGCACGGAGCCUGCAUCGGGGCAGGUGUUGACCUCAUCUCCGCCUGUGACAUCCGCUACUGCACCGAAGACGCCUGGUUCCAGAUCAAGGAAGUGGACAUUGGGCUGGCGGCCGACGUGGGCACCUUGCAGCGCCUGCCCCGCGUCAUGGGGAACCGCAGCCUGGUGAACGAGCUGGCCUUCUCCACCCGCAAGCUGAUGGCCCCCGAGGCCCUGAGUCACGGGCUCGUCAGCCGCGUGUUCCAGGACAAGGAGGCCCUGCUGGACGGCGCCUUCGAGCUGGCGGCCGAGAUCGCGACCAAGAGCCCCGUGGCCGUGCAGGGCACCAAGAUCAACCUGCUGCAGGCCCGCGACCACCCCGUGCCCGACGCCCUCGACUACGUGGCCACCUGGAACAUGGCCAUGCUGCAGACCGAGGACAUCCUCAAGUCGGUGCAGGCCGCCAUGGAGAAGAAAAGCCCCAAGGACGUCGUCUUCUCCAAGCUGUAGCCCCCGGGAGCGCCCCCCCCCAGGAAGGCUCCCUGGAUCUGGCCCCCCUGCCCAGCCCCAUGGGUCUUCAGGCCUUUCUGCCAUGCUGGGGGCGAUCUCAGAUGCUCCCCCCACCAGGCUGUGCUGCCAGCCCCCCCCCAGUGCCCUGGGUUGUGGGGGGCAUCUCCUAAGUGCCCUGUUGAGUUUAUGAAUGAAUAAACUACCACCCGCCCA